GGAGGUCGGAACGUUGGGCGGGGUUUACGGCAGGAGGUCGGCGGGCGGUUGCGGAGGGAUGAGUUUGUUUGGCCUUUUCCGGGGUCUCUUCGGCUUCCCGGAGCGCGGAGGGGACCCAUUCCAUCGCGGGACGGUCCUGGACGAGGACGGCGACGAUGUCGAGGACGACGACGACGACUUUCGGCGCCGGGGCGACCCCUUCGGCUUCGGCUUCGGCUUCGGGCCCGGCGAGGGCUUCUCCGGACUCUUCCGCGAAAUGGACGAGCUCUUCAAAGGGAUCGGGAGCUGGGACGUGCCCGUGGGGCAGUUCGAGUUUCCUGAUUUUGACGCCCACCCUGUGCCCGGACAGAGGGGUGAGGACGGGGUGAAGAGGCGGGCGCCUCGCGAUUGGAUGCUGAAACAGCCAGACAGUGACCUGCCUGGCUUGGGCGGGGAGCAGUCAGACCCUCCUAGAUCCAAGCCAGGGGACUUGCCUGCGGUUCCGUAUCGUUCGCCCUGGAACCCCUCCCGAAACUUUGAGGACAUCUGGGACAUGCUGAGGAAGGGCGACACUAGGAAAGAGGAUCAAGAUCUGGACUCCAAGGUGAACUCAGAAGGCCUGGAUAGUGCCCUCAAGCCAGCCGAGCCUCGCAGCAAAUCCUACUUCAAGAGCGUCUCUGUAUCCAAAAUUGUCCGUCCCGAUGGGACGAUCGAGGAGCGACGGACAGAACGGGACGGAGAGGGCAACGAGGAGACCAGAGUGACCCGAGUGCAGGGUGACCAGUCGUACACCACGGUGACCCGGCGGGACGCCCAGGGCAGGGAGGAGCUGGUCAUCGCCGACGACCGUGAUUCGCAGAAGAUCCCGGAUAACUGGGAUCGGCAGUCGGGAGGCAGUGUUUCUGGACAGCCGCCGACAGUCCGAGAGUCCACAUCAUUUCUUGACCGUCUGCUGAAGGACCUGUUCUGGAGGCGGUGACCAUCUGAGCCGGGAGGUAACACCGAUGCCGAUGACGAAGCGCCACAUCGCGCCGUUUUUGCCAUCCAGACGAUCUGUGGCCUCCUCCUGCGGAACAUGCACCUGGUGCGUUUUGGCACCAGGUCUGAGACUUCUCACCAUGACCACCCCCCCCCCACCCAGUUCAGGAGCCUGGCAUCUCUUCUGUGUCACUGACUCCCCCCAGUUCGGUACUACUCCCCUCCCCUCCUAUCUUCAAGUGCCCACACGGGGCUGGAGUUGGGGUAGUGUUGACCAGCGUGUGAUUGAUCUGUGAAUGACUGCAAUAAAACGAGGUAUUUAUUCACA